AAUUUGGCAGGGAUUAGAUGGUGAAGCUACUGAACCAAUGAUCAAAGAGUUGGAGGAGGAUAGGGAGGAAACUCAGGAUCCAGAGGUUGAGUUUGCAAUAGCAGGUGCAGUCCGGGAGUGUGGUGGGCUUGAAAUUAUUUUGAGCAUGAUUCAGUGUGUGCGAGAUGAUUUGAAGUCCAACCAAGAGCAAUUGGUUGCGGUGCUUAAUCUUCUAAUGCUCUGCUGCAAAAUAAGAGAAAAUAGAAGGGCCUUAUUAAGGCUAGGGGCUUUAAAUGUACUUCUUGAAACAGCAAGGCAUGCCUUCUCCGUGGAUGCCAUGGAGCCAGCUGAAGGCAUUCUUUUGAUUGUGGAGAGCCUGACACUAGAAGCAAAUGAGAGCGACAACAUUAGCAUCACACAAAGUGUUCUUACAGUUUCUAGUGGAGAAACUGGUGCUGGUGAACAGGCCAAGAAAAUAGUUCUCAUGUUCCUGGAAAGAUUGUGUCAUACUUCAGGCCUUAAGAAGUCAAAUAAACAGCAGAGGAACACUGAAAUGGUUGCAAGAAUCUUGCCUUACUUGACCUACGGCGAACCUGAUGCAAUGGAAGCACUCAUCCAGCAUUUUGAUCCAUACUUACAAAACUGGGGAGAAUUUGACCAGCUGCAAACACAGCAUCAAGACAAUCCAAAAGAUGAGAGCCUUGCGCAGCAAGCAAUGAAACAGAGGUUUGCGAUGGAGAACUUUGUUAGAGUUUCAGAGUCACUGAAGACAAGUUACUGUGGCGAGAGAUUGAAGGACAUCAUAUUAGAAAAGCGGAUUACUGGAGUUGCAGUUAGACAUCUGAGAGAGAGUUUUGCAUUUACAGGGCAAGCUGCCUUUAAAUCUAGUGCUGAAUGGGCAUCGGGCUUGAAACUGCCAUCUGUGCCACUUAUCUUGUCUAUGCUGAGGGGAUUGUCAAUGGGGCACUUGGCCACACAAAGGUGUAUUUAUGAAGGAGGAAUUUUACCGUUGCUUCAUGCCUUGGAGGGAGUCUCGGUAGAAAAUGAGAUCGGGGCAAGGGCUGAAAACUUGUUAGACACUCUAUCAGACAAGGAGGGAAAAGGUGAUGGGUUCCUAGCAGACAAGGUUCAUACAUUGCGGCAUGCCACCCGGGAUGAGAAGAGGCGCCGAGCUCUGAGGAAGAGAGAGGAAUUGCUCGAGGGACUUGGGUUUCGCCAAGAACUGGCUUCAGAUGGCGGUGAGAGAAUUGUUGUUUCUCGGCCAAUCCUUGAAGGGUUAGAAGACGUUGAGGAGGAGGAGGAAGAUGGAUUGGCAUGCAUGGUGUGCCGGGAGGGCUAUAGUUUGAGGCCUACUGACUUAUUGGGUGUUUAUUCUUACAGCAAGCGAGUGAACCUGGGUGUUGGAACAUCAGGAAGUGCUCGUGGGGAGUGCGUUUACACAACAGUUAGCCAUUUCAAUAUCAUACACUUCCAGUGCCAUCAGGAGGCUAAAAGAGCUGAUGCUGCUCUGAAGAAUCCAAAAAAAGAAUGGGAUGGAGCUGCCCUUAGAAACAAUGAAACUCUUUGCAAUAAUCUAUUCCCAUUGCGAGGUCCAUCUGUUCCAAUAGCACAAUACGUCCGUUAUGUUGACUUGUACUGGGAUAACCUCAAUUCUCUUGGACGUGCUGAUGGAAGUCGCCUACGGUUGUUGACUUAUGACAUUGUCCUGAUGCUUGCUCGAUUUGCAACCGGUGCAUCAUUUAGUGCAGACAGCAAAGGUGGGGGCAAAGAAAGCAACUCCCGAUUUCUUCCUUUCAUGAUUCAAAUGGCUCGUCACCUUCUCGAUCAGGGUAACCCUUCCCAGCGCCGCACCAUGGCCAAAUCUGUUGCAACGUAUCUGACCUCUUCCACGUCAGAUUCUAAAUCUUCUCCUGCUUCCGGGACACAACCUUCUGUUGGAACUGAAGAAACCGUUCAGUUCAUGAUGGUGAAUUCGCUUCUCUCAGAAUCCUACGAGUGUUGGUUGCAACACCGCCGUGCCUUUUUGCAACGUGGGAUAUACCAUGCGUAUAUGCAGCACACUCAUGGUCGGUCAACACACCGUACAUCAUUUAAUCAGCCUAGUACUGCGAAAUCAGAUUCAUCAUCGAGUACCAGCAAAAAAGAAACUGGUGGAAUUCAGGAUCUCUUAUCGAUCAUUCAACCGAUGCUCGUAUACACUGGCUUGAUCGAGCAGCUACAGCGUUUUUUCAAAGUUAAGAAGUCGGCCAAUGUAUCCACUGUAGACCGACCUGAAGAAGGCUCAUCUUCCAAGGAAUCAGGUGGGGAAGAUGACACUGGAAGUUUUGAAGGCUGGGAGGUGGUUAUGAGAGAGAGACUGUUGAAUGUGAGGGAAAUGGUGGGAUUCUCCAACGAGCUGGCGUCAUGGCUCGAGGACAUGACUUCUGCCACAGAUUUGCAGGAAGCAUUUGACGUCAUUGGCGUUUUGGCCGAUGUGCUGUCUGGUGGGUUUGCGCAGUGUGAAGACUUCGUCAAUGCUGCAAUCAAUGGUGGAAAAAACUGAAGAGUUUAAUGGAUCAGUUGGUUUUAGUUUUUUGGGCGAUUAAGCUGCAAUGUGCAACUUCCUUAAGUGUUGAUAGUAUUUGUAAGUCAUCCGUGUUUAGUUAGAGUUAACGAAGAGGGUACUGAACUCUAAUAUUAUUAAAUGUUUGACUAGAUUUCCAUAUGUUGUACACAUAUUUGCUUCGGGUUGAAUGAGAAUUUUUCCCAGAUUUGUUCU